AUGACAAGUCUAAAAUUUAAAAAAGAGACGUCAUUUAUGGGAUGUGCCUUCCCAUCCCGAUGGCAUGGGCGUUGGUUCCAGUCGGGAGUGAUCCAGCCUAUCCUUAUAGAGGGUGACAGACUCUCCAAUAAAGGGAGGUGCCUGUCUUCAGAAGGGGACAAGUUCCUAAUAGUCGAUGAAAAAGGCUGUUAUCGUUGUGUGGUUAUGCACGAGAAACACAAAAACGUACUACAAUAUAAAGAAACAUUCUGCCACAGAAGAGACGCUCUACCCCACCUGUGUUCACUGAUCACCGGUGACGCUUUAUUGUACUCCAUGUUCAGGGAAAACGCUGAUCCUGUCGACUGCCCGCUCAAAGGACCUUUCUCUUUUACAUAUAACAGGGGUCAUGGGGACUGCAAGAGUCCUGUGUCAUCUAUAGAGAGUUGUACAGAAGACUCGCGGCUGCUCCUCAACUACCAAGCGUGUCCUGAUGUCUACGGAUCAGAAAGUACUGUGGAAGAAUUAGAGUGCCUAGCGACAUGGAAAGAAGGCAGCCUUCGCUUUCUCGUAGGAAAACUACAUCACAACCAUGCGACGAGCAAUGAAGAUCGGUACAGAUGUUUCGUCUACGAAAAGACAAACGCAACGGGCACUGUGAAGGAGGUCCCUGUUCCCGCUGGAGGCAUAGAGUACAGAGUGGCGCAGUCUGGCGAUGCCACUUGCAAUGGACUGUUCAGUGCCACUGAGGGAUCGAGAACUAUGGCUUUGAAACGAGUGUCAGUCCGCUUUAACUGUCAGUUCCCGUCAUGGAUGACAUUUUCCCAUACGUGGCACACGCUAGACUUCACAAGCAAUUACACGUUCUACCAGCGCAACGCCACCUUAAGGAUUACCAACCAAACUGGUGCAGAUAUCAAGGUGUACUGCGUCAAUGUAAAGGCCAGCUCGCCAACUGGGAAUUCUGUUGCGUUAGUUGCACAUUGGCAACAUCAUUGCGUGUCCCGGUACGUGUGCGUGGUGCUGUACCGGCGCGACACGUCCAUCGUGGAGCUGCAGCGCGGCGCGCCCACGGCCCGGGCCGACGACGCGUGCUCGCCGCACCACUUCAAGCCCAUCAACGCGCCCUACGUCACACUAGUCGCUAGCAAUCCUGAAUCGAAAGAAUGUCCAUACUUCGGCAAAUACGAAAUUCAAAAACGACGGAAAAGAGAGACAAGUGAUAACGUUAAUAGGAGUAAGAGAGAGAAAACAAUAUCGGAACAUAAUCGUAGGGUUAACGGCAGUAGGUUGUUUAGUUUUAGCGUAGGCAACAUGUCUAGUGCUCCAAUGUUGAGGAGUAGAAGGGACGCGGAGCCCGGGGUCUCCUGCGUGGGGAACAGCUACAAUAGAUUAGAAGUUGGUUGUAAUUCAGUGAAGAAUAUGGAGUUCUAUUCCACGUGUCAGAAUAAAGAAGUGAUGACAGCGUACACGUGCCACGGCGGGUGGUACGAGAACGGCACGUCGUUCGUGGUGACGACGCCGCUGACGCGCGACAGCACGGCGGCGCGGCGCUACUGCUUCGUGUCGCGCGGCGAGCGGCGCGGCGCGCUGGCGCUGGCGCGCUCCGCCGCCAACUGCGAGCGCGCCGACCUGCAGCCCGAGCUGCUGUUCCACGCCACCGCCACCGGCGAAUGUCAAGAUCAGACAAAUUACCAACCGGUGCUGCGAAUAUCACUAUACUUCGUAUUAUGUCUCCCCGUUUUACAUUACAUAAUACCGAGAUGA